CUCAAGAAAGAUUCAAAUUCGAGUCUUAAGUAUGUCUGGAAACUCUUCAGGACUGUUAGAGAGUUCCGGUGGCGGCGUGGGAGGUUCCGGUGAGGAGGAAAAAGAUAUGAAGCUGGAGGAAAUCGGCGAGGGAGCCGGCGGCGGGGGAAACCGGUGGCCAAGACCGGAGACUUUAGCUCUAUUGAGAAUACGUUCAGAGAUGGAUAAAGCUUUUCGUGACUCUACUCUUAAAGCUCCCUUAUGGGAAGAAAUCUCCAGGAAAAUGAUGGAGCUUGGAUACAAGAGAAGUUCAAAGAAAUGCAAGGAGAAGUUCGAGAACGUGUACAAUUCCUACCAACCUGAACCGGAGUCGCAGCCAGCGAAAUCUUCUGCAGCCGUCACGACCGUCCCCGGAACCACUACCUUGAUACCAUGGAUAAGCUCUAGCAAUCCAUCAACCGAAAAAAUUUCUUCACCGUUGAAACAUCAUCAUCAGGUUAGUGCACAGCCCAUUAGCACAAACCCUACCUUCCUCGGCAAGCAACCAUCGUCUACGACGCCUUUCCCUUUAUAUAGUAACAACAAUACUACUACUGUUAGCCAGCCGCCAAUUCCAAAUGACCUGAUGAACAAUGUUUCAUCGCUGAAUCUUUUCUCGAGCUCAACUUCUUCAUCUACUGCAUCUGACGAGGAAGAAGAUCAUCAUCAGGGAAAGAGAUCGAGAAAGAAGAGGAAGUAUUGGAAAGGAUUGUUUACGAAGUUGACAAAAGAGUUGAUGGAGAAACAAGAGAAGAUGCAAAAAAGGUUCUUGGAAACACUGGAGUAUCGUGAAAAAGAGAGAAUCUCAAGAGAAGAAGCUUGGAGGGUCCAAGAGAUAGCGAGAAUCAACAGAGAACACGAAAUUUUAAUCCAUGAGAGGUCCAAUGCUGCAGCUAAAGACGCUGCAAUCAUAUCCUUCUUACACAAAAUCUCAGGAGGACAACCACAACAACCGCAACAGCAUAAUCAUAAACCAUCACAAAGGAAACAAUAUCUAAGCGAUCAUUCAAUAACGUUUGAGAGUAAAGAGCCAAGGCCGGUACUAUUGGAUACAACAAUGAAGAUGGGGAAUUACGAUAACAACCAUUCGGUAUCUCCUAGUUCUUCAAGAUGGCCUAAAACCGAGGUCGAGGCCUUGAUAAGGAUAAGGAAGAAUCUUGAAGCUAACUAUCAAGAAAAUGGUACUAAGGGGCCAUUAUGGGAAGAGAUCUCUGCAGGGAUGAGAAGAUUGGGAUACAAUAGAAGCGCGAAACGAUGCAAAGAGAAGUGGGAAAACAUAAACAAGUACUUUAAGAAAGUCAAAGAAAGCAACAAGAAACGUCCCCUUGAUUCCAAGACUUGCCCUUAUUUUCACCAGCUCGAAGCUUUAUACAACGAGAGGAACAAAAGUGGGACAAUGCCAUUGCCAUUGCCUCUAAUGGUGACUCCUCAGAGACAGUUGCUUCUCUCACAAGAAACCCAGACUGAGUUUGAGACUGAUCAAAGGGACAAAGUUGGUGACAAAGAAGAUGAAGAAGAAGGAGAGAGUGAAGAAGAUGAGUACGAUGAAGAAGAAGAGGGAGAAGGAGACAAUGAGACAAGUGAGUUCGAGAUUGUGUUGAACAAAACAUCUUCACCUAUGGACAUUAACAAUAAUCUUUUCACCUAAAUGGUUUUAUAAUCAUUUUAUUAUAUACACUUUUCUGUAAAAUGGGGUUGAAGAAAAAAAGCAUAUACAACAAAUGUAAGUAAAUGGCUUGAUUUUUUAGUUAUUAGUAUUCCAUUUCGUGAUAUAUAUUUAAUAAAAUAAUUGUUUUUAU